AUGGAUAAAAUUGAAUAUCGUGCGGUGAUUAAGUUUCUGACAAAAGAAAGUGUGGCACCAAAAGAUAUCAAUGAUCGCUUGCGUGCAGUUUAUGGUGAACGUGCUCCAUCGUAUGCCACAGUAAAACUAUGGGCAAAACAAUUCAAGUUGGGCAGAGAGUCAUUAGAAGACGAUCCACGUUCUGGUCGACCAAUUGAAGCAACUGCUCCAGAUAUGGUGGAAAAAAUUGAACACCUUGUGCAUGAAAAUCCUCGAAUGAGCAAGAAAGUGUUAGCAGCAAUGUUUGACGUGUCAGAGAGAAGUAUAUUUAGAAUCCUUCAUGAAAAAUUGCUCAUGACAAAGGUUUGCUCGCGAUGGAUUCCAAGAACUUUGAACAUAGCUCAAAAAGAAGAACGAAUUGCUGCUGCACGUGAGUUUCUCGAGUUGUUGGAAUCGAAUGAAGAGGACACAUUUGAGCGAGUAGUGACUGGCGAUGAAUUGUGGAUCCACUACUAUGAUCCAGAGCUCAAAUCACAGACGAUGGAAUGUGUUGAACCAGUAUCGAAAGUGCCACGCAAACAAAUUGCCACAAACAAAGCUUAA